AUGGCCGCGAAAACUUCUCGAGUUCACCACACCAUUCACUGGUUUCGUAAAGGCCUCCGACUACACGAUAACCAGUCUCUUAAGGAAGCAUGUGAAACAAGUUUAACACUACGACCAAUCUACUUUAUCGACCCGGAUCAUGUAAAGCAUGGCAACAUGGGUUUCAAUCGCUGGAGAUUUCUGAUUCAGUCACUCAACGAUCUGGACAACAGUUUGAAAACGUUAGGCUCCAGGUAAAAAAAAAGUAAGGUUUUUUCAUACAGACAGUCCAAUUUGCAUGAAUAUAAGACGGUCAACUCCAUUUGAAUAGUACCCCAGCUGUAGUAUCCUCGCCCCACAAAAAAGGACAAAUCAAUGAGGUUCGCUUCUCAAGGAGAACAAGAUCAACACGAAGGAGAUGAAGAAGAAAGGAAGAUCAAAGGUUCCGAUAUAGCUACCUAUUUUGAAAUUACUUUUAAAGACUUUCAGGGAGACCAAUUGCAGGGAGGAUUUAGUCGAGGAGGGGUGGGGGGAGGUAUUUUAAUAUAUUUAAAAUGAAGUGGCCCAAUGGUUGAUCUAAAAUAAAGGUUAAAUAAUGGCGGCCAGGAAUGAAAGGUCAUUUGCAUAUCAUAUCCAGACAUUUGAAAAUACAUCCCUCAUGGAUGGUCAAUGGAAUUUCCAAGGGGAAGGGGUUUAAAAGGCCAAAAUUUCCGAAAGAAAGAGGGUGUUCAUGUGAAAUAGUUUUUCCAGAGGGUCAUGCAAAACUCGUAAUAAUCGACAGUGAUCGAAAAUGUACUUAUGCAUAUUAUGUUGUGUUGGCAAACAAAAACUAAGAUUUUCCAUAGAUGCCUUAAAAAACAAAGAAAAUGUUGGAAUGACACAAUAAUAAUAAAAUAAUAUAAUAUUAUUAAAUACUUAAUUAUCCUCUCCCCUUAUGGAGCUUUUCAGGGAUAAUGAAACAAAUAAUUCAAAUGGAACAUAACAAAGAUCAGAAUCAUAACUGGUAGGAGGCAAACCAAUUGGCUGUUUUACAAGCCUUGCUGAGGAUUUGAACUUGGGACUACCAAGAACAAAUCCAGCUAGCGGUCAGUACAGGACAGGCACUUGGGACCUCUGGAUUAAAAGUCCAGUACCACAACUGCUCUGCCAGGCUGCCUCCUUCAAUAUGAAUCAUAGUGAUUCAACCCUUCUCAGAUAAAUAAUCCGCUAUAUAUACAGUCAAACCUCACACCUACCGGUAUUUAUCAUGAACAGUUUUUUAAGCUAAAUGGGAUGCAUUUAUCUCAAUAGUUUCUUAAUCCCUCUUUCCAGCACAUCACUUGACCAACACGCUUUUGCCAUGCCCCAAUACAAAAAUACAUGAUAUACCCAGUAAUUUAAAUGUAUUUAUUUUUUGCGCUUCAACGUUAUCAAUUUCUCAUCUUUGGCCUCACUCUCUUUUCUUAUAAAUAAUUUAGUAGCUUAGGUUUUAUGUUGUAUGUUUUCUUUUUUAUUUAUAAUUUGUAUUUUGAAUUUGUAAUUACUCUGGUAUUUGUCAUUGCAUGUACUAUUAGUAAUUAAUGAGUUGAUAUUGUAAUGUAAUGUAAUGUGAAAUGAAAGAAAAUUAAUAAAAAUAUUGAAAAACAUGAACAGUUUCUUAGUCUCUAGUGAUAAAAAAUUUUAACCCAAUCCCAAUUUUUGCAUUACAUACAUCUCUGAACAUUAUGUGGACACUUAGAUUUGUUCCUUUUUUGUCAUAUCAUGGGGGUUUGACUGACUACAUAUUUUAUGGCAAUUUUUUCUUUUAUUUAACUCACAUGUAACUAUCUGAAAUGCCUUGGCACAUUUAUUUUUUUUUAGGUUAUUUGUUAUUCAAGGGAAGCCUGAAGAAGAAUUACCACAACUGUUUAAAAAGUGGAAAAUCAGUCAAUUAACAUUUGAGUUUGAUCAUGAACCAGAUGGACGAGCAAGAGAUUCAAAGAUUUCUGAAUUAGCUUCAAAGGACGGAAUUGAAGUUGAAACAAAAGUCUGUCAUUCACUUUAUGAUUUAGACAAGUAAGUUGUCUAGCAUUCCAGAUUGAAUUGGAAUUUGAAAGUGUUGGGUUCUAAGGAGGCUGAGGGGAAAAGCGGAAUACCCGGAGAAAAACCUCUCGGAGCAAGGGAGAGAACCAGCAACAAACUCAACUCACAUAUUAUGGCAUCGCCUCCGGGAUUCAAACCCAGGCCACAUUGGUGGGAGGGUGUGCUCUCAUCACUGCACCACCUUUGCUUCCCAAGUUGUCUGACAUAUAGUCCGGUGGCUUAGUGCAAAAUUUUGGCGAGAUCUAUACAGAGCGGACAAAAGCACCAAACUUUGCAUGGUUGUAGUUUAGGGUAUGUUAGUCAAUAUUAGGAUUGGUGCCCACAGCUACCUCUUCAGGAUUUGCAGCAACUGCUCGCUGAAGUUCUUCAACAACCUUCCAUGAUGGGUGCCCUGUGCUGAAAAUUGCAAUCACUUCUUUUUUGCCAUUUUUUGAUGAAAAUCACAUAAAAAGGGAAGUAUAUGGAAAAAGAAACUAUAUUAAUACUAUUAUUAUUGAAACCAAUGACUAAAACAAGUCAACUUAAUGAUAUAGCAAUUAUGAUGUACCUUGGUGGGUAGCCUGUGCUUAAAAAAUAUCAAUUCCAUUUUUUUUGCCAUUAUUUUGAUGAAAAUCACAUGAAGGGCAUGAAAAUAAAAAAAGAAAUUGUAUUAUUAUUGAGACCAAUGAAAAAAACAUGCCAACUAAAUGGAAAAUCCAAGGAAGAUGUUUUCAGACGCGUACUCAGUACCAAAUAGCCUUUCAAGGUGGCGGCUGUGUCUUUUCAUGGACUGUAAGCAUCUACUAGAAUAAAUUGCCGUUUUUAAGGGGAAAUUGUGUACAAUUUGAAUCAUGACAGGUUAAAGUGAAUUUUAAGUUCUUCUUGGUGAUAAAUUUGUAAUCGAAAGCCACAUUUUCUCUUCACAUUUUGUGCCGAUUAUGAAUGACUAUACUGAGUUUAUUUUCGUAGUGGUUAAAAUUAAUAAUAGUUAAAAAUAGCUUCUUUCUAUAGCGCUCACAUCCUGAGGAUAUGGUGCUUUACAGUGUUAAAGAGGACAAAAUAUAUAUAUCUCCAGCAUGAAAUAACAUAUAUCAAAAUCUAUUUGCAAUUCACAAAGAACAAGAGAAUGAAACAAGAAUUAAUCUGUUUUAAAAUUAUUUUGCCUUUAAAGUUUAUGUAUAAUGAUAAUAAGUCAUGCAAAAAACUAAAUAUACAUUCUAUAAGUAUAGGUAUAUGAUCUGCAGAUAUUAAAGACGUUUUACAAAAGUAUUGACUUACUCUCUAAAUAUUGUGUAAAAAGACAUGUUCUCAGUCCCUUCUUUCAACUGCCUAAAAAUGGUGACUUGUGAAAAUCUCGCUAAUGGUAGUGAGUUCCACAGUUUAGGGGGGCACACUAAAACAGUCUUUUCCCCGUGAGUUUUCGAGGUUGUUCUAAGAGCUGUUGAGAUGCGGACCACAAGUUCCUCGAAGGCCUUCGAUAACUGUCCGCUGGAUAGCUAGGUGGAAGGUCAUUAAGUGAUUUGAAAACUGACAAAAUAAGUUUAAAAACAACAUGAUAACUAACAGGACGCCAGUGAAGGUCAAAUAAAUGAUGUGUUCGCAAGGUUUGCGAGUCCGAGUAACGAUCCUGGGGGCAGUGUUAUGAACAUAUUAUUAAAAGUUCCUUCAACUGCAUUUUCCUACAACCAUAGAGCAAGGAAUUGCAAUUAAUAGUCUGUUUUAGAUGUACAUUCCUGGGUUGGUGAAACGAUAAUCUGCACUGCAAUUUGUCAAACAGCUUGUCAGACUCCUGUGUGAGACACAUUCCUGGGUUGGUGAAACGAUAAUCUGCAAAAGAAUGCUGAGACGCUGUUUCAAACAGCAUCGUUGUCAUAGGGUGAGAAUCGACUACCGCCAGGCUUUUUAUAGUUGGUUACUACAAUUCAAAAAAGCCUUUGUUUUUGAUUACCCAUAAUGACCUCUUUAAAGGGUGGCAUCAAUCCGGUACAUCGACAAGAUAAAAAGCAAACUUCAAAAGAAAAAAAGCAUGUUGAGUUGAAACAGUUUCUUGUAAGACUGACACCAAGCCUUGGGAUUUUUACCUGAUGAGAAUCGUCUUGUCCACCCAUUAAUUUAAGUUCAACAAAUGCCCUUGAUUUAUUUAAUUUCUUUUGACUUUUCAAUUUUCAAAAAGAGGACUGACAUUUUGUCUUAAUUAAGUUUUGUAUUGAAAUCACACUUGUGCAAAUAUGGCAUCAAUCCUGUCAGGAUAAAAAAACAAACUAGAAAAGAAAAAAGCAUGUUGGCACACUCAUAAGAAGGUCUGCAAAACCUGUGCCUUUGUUUGUGCACAAUUUCCUCUAAUACAGAUUAAUUCUGAAGUUCGCCAAGAAAAGAAAGUUGUAUCCAUUGUCCACUGCAUUUGCUAUUUACUCAGUGAGUUCAACAAAAACCCUUGAAAUUUCUUUCCUUGUGUCAAACCUUUUUUAGGAUAGGAUAUCAUAAUUCUGUAAAUUAAUGUUUGUCAUUGUUCAACUAUUAAUACUUCUUUUUAAAUCUUCUUUUUUGUGAUUUUCAAAAUAUAAAAACGAUCCCAAUUUUAAUAUCCAUCCUGGUGGGACACCAAACUCAGUAUAGUCAAUCAUAAUCGCUUUUGUCCCUCUGUAUAAUUUAUCACCAAGAAGAGCUGAAAACCCAACCUGUCGUUUUUCAAAUUGUACACAAUUUCCUUGAGAAAAAAUGGUGGCACUUUAUUCUAACCUACAAAAAACUUUGUACUAUUGUGUCAUCAAUGGGGACACCGUCAAAGCCAAUUCCCACCAUAGACAAGAAAACAUUUGAUGGCUGCACUACUCCAUUGGGGGAUGACGAAGAUGGAAAGUAUCAAGUCCCUACACUUGAAGAACUUGGAAUUGAAAUGCCAGAAGAAUCAAGCAGUGUCCUAUUUCCUGGUGGUGAAACUGAAGCUCUCAGAAGACUUGAUGAACACAUGGAAAGAGAGGUGUAUGCAUUUUUUUAUUUUUAAAUUCUACAACAUUUUUAGUGCUUGCCAUUACCUUUUAUCAUUUUGAUAUAUAGAUUUAACCAAGGCCUAAAGCAAAGCUCUUGUGGAAUCUUUUAAGUAAUGUUGUUCUAGAGCAAUUUAACUUUUGACAAAAGCAAUGAGAAAACUGACACCCUCCUGAAAAAUUGACCUGCGCCCGUGACCACUAAUAGUUGGUCAGUGGACAAUUUAAAUAAACACGUCAACUCAAUGAAGUGAUCACCUGACCUCAUGAUACAGUCAUGUGACACUGGUCAGCAGAUACCCUAUUUUGACAGUUGUUAAUAAUAGUGAUCAUAACAUGGAUGUCCAAUAUCAAGAUUGUAUAUAUGCCUUGGACACCAAGCUCAUAAUAGUGACAUUUCACAUCUGCUAACAAGAAAAUCCGAAAAAAUCUCUUAAAUCCGAAGUUAAAUAAAGUUAUGUAUGUAUGUAUGGGGGACAUAUGGACGGACAGAUGGACGAUUUUAUCACAACUAAAAUUUCCUGAAUGCACAGGUAGACAAAUUUUAUUACUCAUGGUGCUCUGCUGCAUGUGCUUUGAGCUCACAAGAGCUCCACUACCAUGUGGUUAUCAGUCAUUCUGUAGAGGUAGGUUCUUCUCAGGGCAGUCACUAUUAAGGGCCAGGGGCCUGGGAUCUCCCAGCUACUAUGAUUGGACACCCCUGGCUACUUUCAUUGGAAGCAAAAGGAAGAUAGCACCAAAAGAACUUUCUUAGUUGUUCAAUUCUCUGCCCACUUAUAGAAUAUUGCGCGUAGCUGAGAAAUUGAAGCGUAAGUCAGAGAAAAGUGAAAUUUUAAGAGUAAAUAUUUAUUCUUUACCUCCUACAUUUGUUGUUUUGUAACAUGAAAAAUUCCUUUGCACAUUUUACAGCCAUAUGAGCAAUGUUUUAUUGGUAGAAAAUUGAUCACGAAAUUGAAUGACAAGCUGAUGUUGGAUUUUCAAGAAAAUCAAUUCUUUUUGCGUGUUUAUGAGAAACUAUCAAUUCAUUGACACUGCAAUUGCAAGUGACUUGCUGAAAGCAUAAAUAAACGGUCGUAGAGGGUGGCGGUAACUGGUCAAGACACCUGAAGUAAUGUCGCCCAAAACCAGAGUUAAGUCGCCCGAAAUGCAGAGUCGUGUUGCCCCAAUUUUAUCAGGUGAAGUGCACAGAGAAACAUGGCUAAUUUUUGUUAAUUAAAGAGUGUGUGUUAAUGUAUCUUGCUCUUUAAACCAUCAUGAGACAAAACAAGCGGAAUGAAUGUGUAAUGUACCUCAUUCUUUAAGCAAUGAUGAGACAAAACAAGUGGUAUGAAUGUGUAAUAUAUCUCUCUCUUUAACCCAUGAUUAACAAAGAAACAAGCCCGAUAAAUGAGUGAUAUUUCUUGUUCUAUAAAUGUCAAUGAGACAAAACAGGUGCAGCAAAUGGUAAUAUGGAUGCUAGGAAAGGUAAUUUGCAUUGGCACCUGAUCCAGCCAUAAAUCCGUCCCAAACUGUUUCACCAGGAUAUUGUUGAGUAUGAUAAAAUCUCAAGCCUCAACUCUGCAUUUUGGGCGACUUAACUAAGCAUUUUGGGUGACACAGCUCUGAUUUUGGGCAACUUGACCAUAAACCAGGGUGGCUGUGGGGAAGGAUGGAGGCCAUUAUCAGGACUGAUUUGUGAAAUUGUUAAUUUAGUUGGUCAGGAAAACCUCUGGCUGUGGUAACCAUGGCAGUGCUCUUUUUGGCAGUGCUUGGGGUUAGGAUCAUUGUAUUAAAACCCAAAUAUUAACUGAUAGUUGUGAUGGAAACUAACUUUAAAACUUUAUUUGUAAUCAGAACAAAAAUUUUUCAAUUCUUUUAUGAAUUUAAGGUAAUAUUCAGAUUCAUGCACUGAGGUAUCAGCUUUGCUCGAAGUUUUUUCAGAAACAGAAGUUUACAGGGUCAGUGUUUUAACAUAGUUUUUCUUUCUUUUUAGGAUUGGGUAAACAAGUUUGAAAAACCCAACACAGCACCAAACUCACUCCAACCAAGCACCACUGUUCUUAGUCCAUAUGUGAUGUUUGGAUGCCUCUCAGCCAGACUUUUUUAUCAUCGAUUAUCUGACAUUUACGCAAGGGUAAGCAAUCAGAAUAAUUUAACUGAGUAGUUUUACAUUUAGGCAUUUCUUUCAGGCCCAGUUAAAAAUGCCACUGCUUAUAUACAUCUCACCUUGACGUUUUGGUAACCAACCAUAGCCAUUUAAGUCUUGUGUCUUUCCUGUCUAUACCUAUACUUACAUUGUUUCUAACUGCUGCUUAUUUUACAGGCUAAAAAGCACUCUAACCCACCAGUUUCUUUGCAUGGGCAGCUUCUGUGGAGAGAAUUUUUCUUCACUGCAGCAUAUGGAACUCCUAACUUUAACAAGAUGGAGGGAAAUCGUGUCUGUCUGCAAGUACCAUGGGACAACAAUCCAGAGUUUGUCAAAGCUUGGGCUGAGGUGUGUACAGUAUGGGUCUUAGUGAUGAAAAAAGCAAUGCAUUAACCCCAUGUAAGGGAAACCAAUACAGUCUUGGAUUCUGGAUUCCACGCUGUGAAUUCCGGAUUCCAAAGCACAGAAUUUCACAUUCCAGGAACAAAAAUCUGCUGAAUUCUGGGAUCUAGAGAUGACCUUACAUGGGGCAUAAUGAGUACCGGUAUUUUGUUUUAAGAAGUUUCUUUCUCCCCACAGCCGAGCGAAUGGUAACAACUUUUGUAAUCUGUUGUUAGCCCGCUGCCAGACUGAUUGAAAACAACAUUCACAUGAGGAGUCGUCUGGUCAUAUUUUCCCAGUCAUAUUUCUUUUGGGUAGUGCAACUUUUUCACAGGCCGAAACAAAUUUUACAAAGAAUAGGAAUGCACCCUUUUUAUUCAAGCUUCAGUUUAAAUAGCCCCUAUGCAUGAUUACGUCAGACGAGUAAAUUUCACCAACAAGCCUCGUGUGUGAACAAAAUUUUUUGCAUUUGCACUUUUUGUGCGUGGGUAUUCUUUUCAACUCUACUGCCUUGGGAAUUCAUUUCUGUGAAACUUCGCUUAUUUUUAAUUUCAAAACGAGGCUUGGUGGUGAAAUUUGCUUGUGUGACGUAAACAUGCAUCCACGUCUCUUCGCCAGCUUUAAGGAAGCUCUCUCUUUCUGUUGCGUCACUGCAAUUUGCCUCCUUAGUGAUCGGUUGUUUCGCUAACGUCCUAAGUCGUUUCGAUUCACACACCUAUACCGGCACCUUGUUAUUCAUGCCUUUGAUAAGGCAAAAGAAGUUAGGGAACUGACCUAACACAUUAGCGAAAUGGCUUAAGACGUUAGCGAACAGGAAGUUGGUGAAUCAACCAUGAAUCUUUGCCUCCAAUACUAUAUCAAUGUAAUUUUUUGUUCGUAAUCUGCCUUGAGUUUUUUUUGACUGUGCUUGGGAUGAUUGGAUGUCUAUUGUUUUGUUGUUCAUAUUAUUUAAAGGCACGAACUGGGUAUCCCUUUAUCGAUGCCAUCAUGACGCAGCUGAGGAGGGAGGGGUGGAUUCAUCAUCUUGCACGUCAUGCUGUGGCUUGUUUCUUGACCAGGGGAGACUUAUGGAUCAGCUGGGAGGAAGGUUUGAAGGUAAGUCAUAUCCCUUGUUAGACAGCCCCAUGUUAUUUCAACAGUGAGCAGACGUUAAAAAGGCGAAGAAAGGGGAUAACUUACUCUCACAGCUGAAUUACGCAUGACAUAAUGUACACCUUGGUAGUGCGUAUGGCUGCUAAAUCCCCACCAAAAAGUAUAGUUGUAGUCGUAGUAACUUUAGUGUAAAGUGUCAGUUGUUCUAGCAUUUACACACUAAUAAUUAUUGGAAACACUGUGUUAUAAAAAAAUAUAUACCCUAUUUUAUUUACAUAUUACAUAUUACAUCUACAACAUAAAUAUUAAAAUAAGCUAUCGCCAAGGACAUUAAAAAAAAAAAUGACAUUAAAAACUAUUUAAAAUAUAUCAUAUUAAAAACUAUUGCCCGGUGACAUUAAAAAAAUAUGGCAUAAAUAUUAACAUUAAAAAAAAAUAAAAUCAACUGUUCCACAAAUACAUGUAGCAGCCUAUACAACCCCCAUCUUCCAUUACCUCUGACAAUCAGUCUCUUUUCCUUAUCGAACAUUUAAAAGCGUUCAUGUUAUUCAUAUCACGUUCCUUCAAUUCUGAGUCAACUUGGACCUCAGAAAAGUUCCUAAAUAUGACAGAGAAUGUUUUCCACACUUCAUAGUGUUAAAGCGUGGCAUGAUAAAAUCAGAGGUCCGUAGAUUACAUCGUUUUUCUCCCUACCCUUGAAGGUUGAAAAGGUCCUGCUGCAGAUUCUUCGGUAAUUGAUUGUUGUGAUCGUUAAACAUAAGAAUUGCUAUGUCUUGUAGCCUUCUAUUAUAAAGAGUCGUCAGAGUGGCCUGCCAAAGUAAAUUGUCAUACGAGUCCGAUCUGUUGUUAAAUGCAUUGUGCGGAGCUCUCUCCUGUAACUUUUCCAGUUUGAGCCUGUUGAUGCUCUACAAAAAUGCCAGACCGUACUGCAGUAUGUUAAGUGGGAUCAAAUAGCGGUUUUGAAAAGUUGCAAUUUGGAAGUUCAAGACUCGAAAAAACUUUCAUUCUUGUGGACGUAUGGGUACAGUAUUUUCUCCUUACUCCUUUUCUCUUUGUAACUAUAUCCGGUCAUGGGAUUGCUACACUUUUGCCCAGGUUUGCAGGAUAUCUUAAUCAUUGGCCAACUUAAUUGGUGGCCCUUCCCUUGGUUUUAUGUUAACCUUAACUACAAAAACUGUCACAAAUUCUCGACCUAAAAGUGAAGUAGGCUAAAAAAGUUAUUCUAGUCUCGUCUGUGUAUCAUAAUGUUCAUCAGAGUAAAUUAGUUUUUAUAAGCUGAAUAUUAUUUUGUAUGUUACAGUUCAAAAUUCUAUUCACGUUAAUUUUUUUAACUCAGGUUGGUUAUCUAUUUCCUUUGUCUCCUAGCCCUAAUUAAUGAAUAAUUACGGCCAGAAGACAAAUGAAAUAGAAUCGACGUAGGUAAAAAAUUUUAACCUGAAUGAAAUUUUGAUUUGUAACAAACAUGUCAAUUUGAGAUGCAGUGAAUCGCCAAAGCUCUGUUGUGGCGAAAUGACGUUUCUUUGUCCCCUUUUGUGGUGAAAGGACUGGUUGUGAAGGUUGUGAUGCUCGGCACCAGUUAAAUUCCUUGCUUCAUAGCGUGCUUUAUGUAAACGUACAGUUAGGAACUAAGGCAGGGUCUUUAGGGAAAAGAAUUGUGGACAAUAAGUCCUUACUCCUGUUGUAUAUAUUUUGUUUUUCAGGUGUUUGAAAAGCUUCUUCUUGAUCAUGACUGGAGUUUAAAUGCGGGGAACUGGAUGUGGCUAUCUGCAAGUGCGUUUUUUCACGCUUAUUUCAGAGUUUACAGUCCAGUAGCAUUUGGCAAGAAAACAGAUCCUAAUGGAGAAUACAUCAAGUAAGGUGGACCAUAGCCUUGGGUGCCAGAGACUUUUCAUGCAUGAUUUUUAGUUUUUGUCAACAGCUCACAGUUGUCAAGUCUUUAUCGUGGACUGACGCUUGUGGCUUUGCCCUUGAGCCAAAGCCGAAGUUGUGUCGCCGUCACCGAAGCACCCCGUCGUAUGCGCGAAAAAAUCCUUUGGUUACUAGUGUAGUAGAUUACAGACAUCAGACAUCUCUAAUGCAACUUCCUUUCCUCUUCAGGAAAUAUUUGCCUGUUCUAAAGAAGUAUCCACCAAAAUACAUCUAUGAACCUUGGACUGCUCCUCUUAGUGUGCAGAAAGCAGCUGGAUGUGUGAUCGGUAGAGACUAUCCUAAACCAAUCGUGGAUCAUAAAGUGGCCAUGAAAACAAACAUCGAAAGGAUGAAAAAGGCGAGAGCCAAACAGUAUGGGGGCACUGCAACAGAUGAAGGUACCGUCAGUACUGGAUAACAUCAAAUAAUGAACUAUGCAUUUGUCAUUUUAUGACGGCUAAUGUGCAGGGUACCCUGGGUUCCAGGGGAUAUUUUUUCUUAACAAUAUCGAUGGUUCGGGGUGAAGCGCCGAGAGAAUACUCCAUCUCGGAAUCUUUAUCAAACCGUAAGCACGGUUUAUUUCAUAUUAGAUAUUUUGAGAACAGACCUCUGAAGUCAGGGUGCAUGCAGGAAGGAUCUCUCCCGGCAUUUUAUCCUGUAUCCUGUCUUUGCCAAGAUUAUAUUCGGUCAUCGGGUUCAUACAUGUUUUGUUAACAAGGGUGAGGGGUGGUUUGGAGAUCGAAGAGGAGCUGAAAAUGCAAGAAGUUUGAUGUUAUAGAAAUGCAUAGCGAGACCCCACACCAAGGGGAGUUUCUAGGCGUGAAUGUCACAUGGAAAUCAGUGAGUGUAUCGUUCCCGACACACCACGAGCACUGCAUAAGAGUAAGGUGGUUCGGGCGGGGAGAGGAGAGGAGAGGAGAGCAACCUUGAACAAGACAGAUCCCCACCCAGCCAUCCAACAGUUCUCCUCUUAAAUAUGGCUCCUCGUCUUCCCCGUAAUACACCGCCCCUCCUCUCCUCUCAAAAAAAAGUGCAUAAGCAUUGUCUUCAUGCGUGAGUGCUUUAAUACAAACAACGACUUUGCAAACAAGAAAGCAAAAUAUUGGGGGUUGGGGUACAUGUUGUAAUAUGGGCGAUAGGACAUUGGCAGAUAUGUACAAAUUGACUGCUUUAAUGAGAAAGGGACAAAAGGCCUGAUUGUUCCAAUCUUUUUAAGGUUCUGAUGAAGAAAGCCAAAGCAAACCUGUGAAGAGGAAGAUCAGCAAGCAAGCCUCACCAAGUAAAAAGUCAAAGAAAAUAACUGAUUUCCUCAAGAAGUGAUUUCAUUGUUACGAAGAAUGGGAAAAGGGGUUACCGGUGUCAGUGACACGACCUAUUUAUCUAUAACCCUUCAUCAGUGCAAGACAUGAAUUUUACCUUUUAUUGGUUGCCUAAGAUAAAUUUAUAUGUUGUUUUUGGAAUUGUAGUAUGUAUUUGCAAAUAGUUUUAAAAAUUUACACUUGAUAGUAAAAG